AUGCAUAAAGUUUUGUGUCACUUCGUGCGCUGGAGGUAUUUACCGCCGACGCUGCCGCGUGCGUGUCAAAAAUAUCCUCAGCUCGUGCAAGAGACGAGGCUUAAGAAGGGGUUAGCGCAGGAAGUGAAGGACGGACACAAUCAGCAGGUGGAGACCUACCAAGAAGACGUCAAGACAGGCCGCAGGCCAAGCGUGGACAAUCCCGACGACAAUUUGUUCGUCACAUGCCCCCGGAUGAGGCUCAUGAACUUCGACCAGUCCCACGGAUCCCUUGACAACUUGGUCACUUGUCCUAGCGAGGAACCAGACCCAAACUAUCUCGCCAACGCCAAUGGCACUGCUAUCACUGCGGCGUUCGCGGUCCCUGAGCUUGCAUGUAGGAAGGAGUUAGUGAGAUCGCCGACUAUCAGGUGGUGCUCGUUGUUCUCUCUGAACGAAUUCAUGCCGGCGAUCUUUCGUUUAGGGCUUGUAUUGGCUACGUGGCAGAAAUGCCACGCGGCGCCUGUAGGAAUCCUGCUUAACUGCGCGGUGCUUACGAACAUGGUCGUCGGCGCUCUACUCCAGUUGUACACUCGCUGGAAACUGAUUAAGGAAACUUCGACGAGCGUCCCGAAAGUCGUGGAAGCUAGUAAAAAAGUGGGUCAGGGCCACGGUAGGCGCCGGGCGUGUGCAUUUCAUCCAGACAGAGAUCGUUUGAUUCGGGGAUAA